ACAGUAGUGUGAUUCGUAAAUUUUGCUGGCCGGCCGAGGAGGCGUUGUCCCACAUUAGAACGUCACCUUCAUUUAACGCAGAAGCCGGCUAUCCUGGAAAAAGGACAGAGGUUUCCCGGUCCUGUGACACACACUGAAUAACCAAUAUAGUGGAUUAUCAGUGUUUUGACUUUGAUUUGUGCUGAAGUGCUUGCGAAAAGGGCUUUAUAAAAUGAUGAAGAACGGGCAUCAUGUGAUCAGUGCUCCGUCCGCCGCCGCAGCCUGCAGUCCGGAGAAGAGGAGGCGCACUGUCCGCGUCUGGUGCGAUGGAUGCUAUGACAUGGUCCACUAUGGUCAUUCCAACCAACUUCGACAAGCCAAGGCUAUGGGGGACUACCUCAUUGUUGGAGUGCACACUGACGAUGAGAUCUCUAAGCACAAAGGUCCUCCAGUGUUCACUCAGGCUGAGAGAUAUAAGAUGGUGCGAGCCAUCAAGUGGGUGGAUGAGAUCGUGGAAGGAGCUCCGUACGUCACCACGCUUGAGACUCUGGACAAAUAUUGCUGUGAUUUCUGUGUUCAUGGAGAUGACAUCACUCUUACUGUGGAUGGAAAAGACACAUAUGAAGAAGUGAAACAGUCGGGUAGGUACAGAGAGUGCAAGAGAACCCAGGGUGUGUCCACUACAGACCUGGUUGGCCGCAUGCUGCUUAUGACCAAAGCUCAUCACAGCAACAUGGGCAGUUCAGACUAUCAACAACACACAGACAACUUUGGAAGAGGUCCUAAGGGCCACAGUCCCUGGACAGGAGUAUCACAGUUCCUGCAGACGUCUCAAAAAAUCAUCCAGUUUGCCUCAGGGCAGGAACCGCAGCCAGGAGACACCAUCAUCUAUGUGGCUGGAGCUUUUGACCUCUUCCACAUCGGCCAUGUGGAUUUCCUGGAUGCAGUUUCCCAGCUUUCAGAGAAGCCAUAUGUUAUCGUGGGGUUGCACUUUGAUCAGGAGGUGAAUCGUUACAAGGGGAAAAACUAUCCCAUCAUGAACAUCCAUGAGAGGACUCUGAGUGUGUUGGCUUGUCGAUAUGUCUCUGAGGUUGUUAUAGGAGCACCAUAUGCUGUAACAAAAGACUUACUGGACCAUUUCAAGGUAGACCUGGUGUGCCAUGGGAAAACUGAAGUGUUUCUAGACAGAGAUGGAUCAGACCCAUAUGCUGUUCCCAGGAAAAUGGGAAUAUUGCGGACAGUGGAUAGUGGAAACAGUCUCACCACUGACAACAUUGUGCAGAGGAUCAUCAAAAACAGGUUGCUGUUUGAGGCAAGAAACCAGAAAAAAGAGGCCAAAGAGAUGGCAAUGAUCCAGGCCAUGAAGCGACAAGAAGAGGAGAAUGCUAAAGAGAGAGCACAGGCUGUGCUGUAGGGAAAAAUACAUCUUCAAAGACUAACAAAACCCAGUACAUGCAGUUGACACUUUUCUAAUGUUUCUUCCACAUACUGGACUUACAUACUGUCAGAACACCAGCAGCUGGAAGCAUCUUUUAUUGCUGAAUUAGCAAGUGUUGUUUUGAGAGCUGUGUGUUCAACCUGAUCUCACGGGAAAACGCAACUAUUUUAUGAGGUGGCGAUUUCAUAUUAAUUCAUGCAAUGUGAAUCGUACGAAAACACACAGUUUUGAGGGGAAAAAAGCAUGAAGGUCCACCCCUAGUUAACCAUACCUCUAACAUAACCGUCACUGGGGGAUAAGCAGAUCGUAUGAAAACAUAUGAAUGAGAUUGCGUGAAUUCCUACAAAUUAGCCACCAAUUUGCCAAAACGUAAAAUAAUUACGAACUGCCAUGAGAUUGUGUCAGUGUGUUCGUAUAGCAGACAUCUGCUUUUGUAAACCUCUCCCACUCUCCACACUCUUCAUCAUUCCACUCGGAUCAGAUCUACUCUUCUGAUGACCAAGAUGACUUAGAAUACAUGACCUUUACCUCUACAUGUAAGUCCAGAGAUUCUAGUUUUGCUUGGAAAUCCACUGGAAGAGUAUUACAGUCUUCUGUCCUAAUAUGGUUUAUUCAUGAUAAAUAAUUAAUAUAUAUCUGUCAUAAUCAAUGGCUAAUCCUCAUAUGAAGUUGUUUUUUUUUUUUUUUUUUUUUGUAAAGCACUCCAGCAAAGUGAACUGUUCUAUAAAAAAUUGGAAUAGCUAGGAUAUGCUGUUCAACAAACAUGCAUUUUAACAUGUUCUUAAAAAAACUUUGUUUAUUAUUUUUAACUGAAUCAUUGUAACUAGUCAAAAGGAUAAAGGAACUUGUUUCAGGGUGGCUCUUUUGUUAGAUGGAUUUUUCUCAAUGUCACAUUCUUGUGGUUAGGGGAUAGAUUGGGGAUAGUUCACCCAAAAAGGAAAAUUUUGUCAUCACAGCUAACAAAGUUUUGUUCUAAGAAUGUUUUCCAAACAUUCUGUUUUGGUUAUGGAAACAUUAAAAUGUCAAGUUUUCUUAAUGUUAGUGGAACUUUUUUUUUUAGGUUAGAAUGAUGCUCCGAAAGCAUUCUUUCAACUCAAUUUUUAUUAACAACUCAACAUCACAGCAAAAUCCUUUGUGUUAAAUGAACACUACUGUUCUAUACUCUACUGUUCUAAUGUCUGUAUUGUCUAUAUGGGUCCAAUCUACAGCACUGAAGCAACUUCAGUAAAUUCAGUGAUUAAAGUUUGACUUUAUUUCUGUC